AUGUCCUCAAUUUUCGAUGGAUGUUGUAUUACAUUCUCUGGCGUGUUUGACGCUGGCAAUCAUAGCAAACUACAGACCAUUGUCAAGGAACAUGGCGCAGUCCACUCCUCCAGUCUAACGAAGAAAACCACCCAUUUGGUCGUAACAAAAGAAGAUUAUGCGAAGCCUAGUAUGAAAGUUACUUCAGCUAGAGCAAGAGCCGAAGAAAUAUCAAUUGUGACUUGGCAAUGGGUCGAAGAUUCUAUCAGUCAAAAGUGUAAGUUAGACGAAUCCAAGUAUUCCAUUACUGCGGAUGCCGAUGAUGAUGAUGUCGAUAUGACCGAUGCAAAUGGGGUUGACAAAGACGAUAAACAAGAAUCUAAAGAUGUCUCACGUAAAAGAAAACGAGUGGUUAAAACCGAGGAAGAAGACACGACCGAUGAAAAUUCUGUUGUCGUUGCUUCAAGUUCAAAAAGUGUGACAACUAAGAAAAAAAGGAAAAUAAAAACUAGUACGUCCUCCACUAGCGUGCAGACUGUUGAUGUUAAGAUUGUCGAAGAGAAAAAAAUGGUCACAAUAAUAAAAAAAGGGAAGGCGCCUGUUGAUUCCUUGUUUUCAGAGAAAGAUCGUACUCACGUAUAUUCAGAUGAUACAACUGUAUGGGAUUGCCUUCUUAAUCAAACCAAUGUUGCAAAUAAUAACAAUAAAUUCUUUGUUAUCCAACUCUUGAAGCUUGAUUCUGCGAACCAAUAUUUUGUCUUCACUAGAUGGGGCCGAGUUGGCUAUGAUGGGCAGCAAUCUACUUCGGGCCCUUUCAUCGACUUGGAU